AUGCUCAGCCAAGUGUCAAUUUUUCACAGAGAAGUCAAGGAACAAGUCAAGAGCAAAGAUGAAGUCCUACAGAAUGCAUUUAUGUCGGUAUACUGGUUGGAUAAAGAAGAGAAGUUUCUAUCACUUCUCACAUUUCUACAAAGGCUUGGCCUUGAAAACAUGAAGCAUUUUCGUCAUCGCUCCGCUGGGUCAACUAUCGAGAUUUUCUUGACUCUAGGCAAAGUACUGAAGCAGAGAGUGGUUGAGGAACUAAGGAAAUCAAAAGCAUUUGGUCCAUUAGUUGAUGAGGUAACGGACAUUUUGGUCAUGGAACAGUUGAUAGGUUUUGCUCAGUAUGUCUCUGAUUAUGGAGAGACUAUGGUGAAAUUCCUUUUUGUCGACAAUGUUUUGGAGGACUCCUCUUCUGCCAAUGCUCAGACAAUCACUAACAAUCUGGACAAAUGUCGACUUGACAUUCAGAUGAUGAGCCUAGUAAGUGAUGGCGCCAAAGUAAUGACUGGCGAAAGAACAGGUGUUGCUGCCUGACUGAAGCAAAUCAACAGCAAGCUAGUUAAUGUGCACUGUCUGUCACAGACUGGCCCUUGCUUGUGCUGGUGCGUGUGAUGAGACAAAAUACAUCACACAAGUCGAAGGAGUCCUUUUGCAACUCUGGGAGUUUUUUGCUACAUUGCCUUAGCGGACUACUCUUUUGGUGAAAGCACAAGAGUGGUGGCGCAAGAUGAAGCUAUCAGAAAAAGCAAGGUCUGUUGUGGAGAGAAAAGGUGCGAACAGCUUGCAGAGCACGUUGGCUGUCAACAACCGAUGCUGUAGAUGGAGUGUAUGAAGACUUUGUUCCUAUCAUACAAGCUAUCAAUCUCGCAGAUGAAAAAGAUGGCUUGGUGACGUAUCUGCUGUCCAAAAUGAAGAGCUUUAAGUUUAUUGGUAUGAUAUAUAUAUUGAAGGCUGUCCUUCCAGAGCUUGCUGCGUUAAGCAGAGUACUCCAGCGAGGUACCGUCAACUUUGGCCAUAUCCUACCAGCUAUCACCUACACUACUGACAAGCUAACGAAGAUAGCACAAGACGAAACCCCCAUCACCCAACUUCAGGUUGAUUUUCGGGAGAAUGGCCGGCUCGGUACCUGUGAGUUUAAAAGCAAUGACCACGAGAUACAAGUUCUUCGCAACCUUCUAAAGAAGUACACACAAGCCCUCAACCAGAACAUUGAUUCUCGUUUCAAGGAUGCGAUUACAGUGGUCUGUGCAUUUGCCAUCUUUAAUGCAAAUGCCAUUCAACACCGUGGAACAGCAGAGUUUUUAAGCUAUGGGUCGAAGGAAAUCGGCACAUUGUCAAACCACUACUUUCCAGGUGACAAGGAAGCUCAGCAGCAAGUGAAAGCAGAGUGCGAGAAGUUAAAAUACGAUCUUCUUUUGUGGAAAGAGGAGAUUCCUCAGGAACUUGACAACAUCACCCCAACUGAGUGGAGUCUGAAGAGGCUACUUUCCAUGUGCACAGAAUAGGGCCACUUCUACCCUAAGCUUGUGUGGAUUGCAGAAAUCAUUCUUUCUCUUCCUAUGUCAAAUGCAUGGCCUGAGAGAGGAGCUAGUGCUAUUAAGAGGGUAAAGAGUCGACUCCGUAGCAGUAUGACUAAUCAGAUGUUGGAGGCGCUGCUGCAUGUAUCCAUCAACGGACCACCUGUCGGCGAAGCACAGGAACUUGUUGAAGAAGCUGUUGAGGCCUGGAGAAACGCAAAGAAAAGAAGGAAACUCCCGCUAUCUGCAAAUCAAGGUGGCACUUCUGGAAACUCGCAGAGUGAAGUUCAAGCCAUUCUUGUGGACUCUGCUGUCCAAACCGAUAUCCAGGUCCAGGAAGAUGAAAAAGUUGAAGAAGCAAGUGUGCAAGCAAAGGUGGAAGCUGCUGUUGAAGCUUUUAAACUUGCAGACCACCAAGCAAGUUAUGAUUCGGAUGAUUCUGCUUUCAGAAGUGAAGAUGAAUACUAA